UUAUUUUUAUACAUUUUAAUAUAAAGCAUAUAAAUCUUAGUCGUCAACCUCUUUCAUUCGCAGUUCAUAAAUCAUCAACCCGAAUCUUAUCGUAGGCACCUUAGAACUCAGCUUGAGACUUUUUUUGCGAAGACAAACCAUGGCUACUGCAUCUGUGGCAUUCAAAUCUAGGGAAGACCAUAGAAAGCAAAUUGAAUUGGAAGAAGCUCGUAAAGCGGGGCUUGCUCCUGCUGAGGUCGAUGAAGAUGGAAAAGAGAUUAAUCCUCAUAUUCCCCAAUAUAUGUCCUCUGCACCUUGGUAUCUCAACUCCGAGAGACCUAGUUUAAAACAUCAAAGGAAGUGGAAAUCGGAUCCAAAUUAUACUAAAUCUUGGUACGACAGAGGUGCCAAGAUUUUCCAGGCCGAUAAAUACCGGAAAGGAGCAUGUCAGAAUUGUGGAGCCAUGACUCACGACGCCAAAGCUUGUAUGGAAAGACCUCGCAGAGUAGGAGCGAAGUGGACAAACAAGCAUAUUGCACCUGAUGAAAAAGUAGAGACCUUUGAACUUGACUAUGAUGGUAAACGUGAUCGUUGGAAUGGAUAUGAUGCGUCAACCUAUUCUCUUGUCAUUGAUAGAUAUGAAGCAAGGGAUGAAGCUCGAAGGAAGUUUCUGAAAGAGCAGCAAUUUAAAAAAUUGGAGAAGAAUAAUAACCAAGAUGGUGAUGGCGAGGGAGGUGAAGGGGAAGGAGGGGAUAGUGAUGAAGAUGUGGAUGAAGACAGGGUCGAUGAAGCCAAAGUUGAUGAGAGCAAACAAAUGGAGUUUGCAAAAGUUGAAAAGCGUGUGCGGACAACUGGUGGUGGAAGCACAGGAACUGUCAGGAAUUUGCGUAUUCGUGAGGACACAGCAAAAUAUCUUCUUAAUCUUGAUGUUAACUCUGCACAUUACGAUCCCAAGACCCGGUCUAUGCGUGAGGACCCUCUCCCAGAUGCAGAUCCAAAUGAAAAAUUCUAUUUAGGUGAUAACCAAUAUAGAAAUAGUGGCCAAGCUUUGGAGUUCAAGGAGAUGAACAUACAUUCUUGGGAAGCUUUUGAUAAGGGACAAGAUAUUCACAUGCAAGCAGCUCCAUCCCAAGCCGAGCUGCUUUACAAGAACUACCAGGUCAUAAAGGAGAAAUUGAAGUCCCAAACAAAGGACACCAUCUUGGAAAAAUAUGGCAAUGCAGCUACUGAGGAAGAAAUUCCUAGGGAACUGUUACUGGGGCAAAGUGAAAAGGAAGUGGAGUAUGAUCGUGCUGGUAGGAUCAUCAAGGGACAGGAGAUGGCCCUUCCCAAAAGCAAGUAUGAAGAAGAUGUUUAUAUUAACAACCACACGACUGUUUGGGGUUCAUGGUGGAGGGAUCAUCAGUGGGGCUACAAGUGCUGCAAGCAGGUGAUUCGAAACAGCUAUUGCACUGGUGCUGCUGGAAUUGAAGCUGCCGAGGCUGCUUCAGACCUCAUGAAAGCUAACAUUGCACGAAAAGAGGCUGGUGAAGAGCCACCUGCACCAGUAGAGGAUAAAAAGAUUGCUACUUGGGGAACUGAUAUCCCAGAUGAUUUAGUCUUGGACGAAAAAUUACUUGCUAAAUCUCUCAAAAAGGAGGAUGAAAGGAGAAAAGAAGAGAAGGAUGAAAGAAAGCGCAAGUACAAUGUGAAAUGGAAUGAUGAGGUCACUCAGGAAGACAUGGAGGCAUACAGGAUGAAAAGAGUACACCAUGAUGACCCAAUGAAGGAUUUCCUGUGAUGUGUUGGAAUAAUAAUGGACUAACCCAAAUAAUAUGCACCUUCUUGACUAUCGAAACAGGGACGUGAGUAUUGAGUACAACGUCGGUUAUGGUGGUAGACAAGGCCUUGGGCGAGAUCUGGGAAAUUUGUGGUGAAGAUACCUGUUAGUUAAGCUGUAGUAGUUAGUAUUAUCAACUUAUUUUGUUAGAAUUAUAGUAGCAUUACCACUAACAAUUAGGUUAGGUGUGACACAUGACACUACAAGAUUAUGUUUUUAGUAUACUCUAGUUGGAUUCGUGUGUUAUCAAAAAAUAAUAAUAAAACUGUAAAAAUAAAUUGUGUAUUAUUUAAAAAUAAAUUAUGUUCUUAGUAUUUUAAGAAUAUAAA